UAAAUAAAGUGAGGAUCUGAAGUAUUCUGGAAAUUCGUAAAUUAUACAAUAGUUCGUGCCCCACAUAACUUGACAUAUCGUCAGAACGUCUAGACUCCUUUAUUAGAGGAGUGAUAAAAUCAGCAAUAAGACAAUCUCGAUCGCAAAUCACAGCGCCCCUACAUAAUUAAUUACUCGCCUAUAAUAAUUGAGCAGACCGCUCGUGCGUCAAUCGCAUUUAACAAAUAACAGAGCUUUGAUAACGCCGUAACCCCUCUUAUCGGCAUAUCCCGGAACGUCUGCAAACUAGAAGCUAUGCGGAUCUAUUAGGUGAUGAUACGUACCAGCAGAGGUUGUGUCCAGUGCAUUUAUGAACUAUAUAAACAAGAGGCGCCUUGAAUUUACUCCAUUACUCACUCAACUGGACAAUUAGCAGGACAGCACGGUUUUGAUUACUGAUAUAGAAACAAAACGUUUGAUAAAGUACAGUGACACUAACGUGGGUUGAGUUACGGUUUUACGUUACACUGUUUGGCGAAAGUUGGUCGUGCUUACGUGGGUAGAAAAUGUUGAACAAUACGAGUGCAACGUUAAUGCUGCAAACGAUUAUGGUGUUGAUGGAUCAACAAAAUUCCACCACCCAUUUUCCCAGUUUUGAGGAUGCGGAGAUGGAGCGAUGCUACCCACCGUACGGAUGUUUCUCGAAAGCCUAUCCAUGGACCGAGCAUCGGCCUGACAACUAUUUUCCCGUCUCUCCGGAAACUUUGGGCGUUCGAUACGCAGUGUUUACCAGAAGAAACAGAAAGAUACCAGUGUUGCUGCAGUCUAAGGAUGUAGAAAAAAUUCGGAAUGCCAAUCUUGAUCCUAGGGGGCCUUUUUACUUCAUCUCACACGGAUUCUUAGAAGGCGGACACAAACUUUGGAUCCAAAACAUUGCGGAAGCGCUUUUGAACCAAGCAGGGAAUGAUGCAGCUACAGUUACAGUGGUGGAUUGGCGUCGUGGAUCCCAGCCGCCGUAUGGCCAAGCGGUUGCCAAUAUAAGGCUUGUUGGUGUUAUGACUGCACACCUUAUACGUAAUAUAUACGAAGUGUUACAAUUGUCAAACUUGGAUAAUUUUCAUUACAUCGGGCAUUCCUUAGGAGCACAUUUAGGAGGAUAUUGUGGUCAUGCUUUGCAAAAGAAUUUCAACCUCAAAUUAGGACGUAUAACCGGGCUGGACCCCGCGGCUCCGUACUUCAGUAACACCGUGACUUUAGUGCGGUUGGACAGAUCCGACGCCCAGUUCGUGGACAUCAUUCACAGCAAUGCUAUGCCGUUAUAUUUCUCAGGGUUUGGUAUCUCUGAACCGAUCGGUCACGUAGACUUCUACCCGAAUGGCGGUUCAACUCAACCGGGGUGCAAAAACGGCGGUCAAGGCUACCAGGGAGUGGACAACGAUAUGUACAAGAAGGUGGUGCAGUUUGUGAGCUGCAACCAUGAGAGGAGCUAUGAGUUCUUCACCGAGAGCAUCGCUCCUACGUGCCCAUUUAUGGCGAUUCAGUGCAAAUCUUAUGAGGCAUUCUUAGAAGGCAAUUGCACUACCUGCGAUAGCAAACAUCUCUGCAUACCAAUGGGUUUGCACUCACAUAACGUGUAUCGGCGUUUGCAGUUGGGAGACAUGGUCGAUUCUAACUCUAACAUAGCACUUUACGCGAUGACUGGCAGCUUGAAGCCAUUUUGUAGAGUACAUUACGAAUUGACCUUGAAAGUGUCCAACUCAACGGAGAGCAUACGCCACGGACCGGAUGUGGGGAGGAUAUCGAUCACUAUCGUCGAUAGGAAUAACAACAAAAGUGAUCAGAAGCUGAUGAAUGAAGAACAAAAAUACUAUAGACCAGGCGAUGUUGAGACUAAGCUGUUAGCCUUCAAGGACACUGGUCACCCUCCCAUUUCAGUGAUUGUGGAGUGGAAAUAUGAAGCAAAUCUCCUCAACCCGAUGACCUGGCGAUUACUGCAAUCCUCCAGUGUUUAUAUCGAAUAUCUGAAGAUAUCGUCGCUUGAAUAUAACACAGAUAUAACUGUUUGCCCGAAAUAUAAAAAACCAGUCGUCACAAAACUGAAAACUAUAAUGAAAACUAAGUACUGUACAUAAUGAAGAUCUGUGUACGAGGAUAAUUUUGUGAAAACAUACAAUGCAAGGAAUUUUCUUAUAAACUGGAAAAUUCAAAGUAUUCCUGUAGUAUUGCUAUUUAAGAUUUAUAUUAAUUAUGUUUUUUAACUGUAUUUGGUAAAAGUAUGCAUAAAACAUAUAAAAUUAUAAUGUAAUAAGGU